GCUUUUUUUUUCACUUUACAUCAUUUCAAUGAAUGUUAAUACUAUUCAUCCUUUGUCUAUUAGCAACAAUGAUUACUCACAAUCAUAUUAUUUUUAUAAAUAUUUGAAUACCACUUCUAAACAAAACAAAGCAUUACUACAGCGGCAGCAGCAGGCUAUAAUUCCCUCUAUUCCACGACAGCAUUUUAAAUUGCUUAGGGAUUCCUCUCUUUCACCAAUUCGUAGUCAAAAGAUCAUGCCAAAAAUAAAGUCAAAAGAAAAUAAACCAAUACAACUUUCUAAUAAUAGUAAUAGUAAUCGAUAUUUAUCAAUAAAUCAGUCCUAUUACCCUGUUAUGACUACUCUUUCUUUCCCCACCAUUUUAGAUACGAGAAAAAGCCAACAACGCAAAGUGAGCUUUAAUGAAAAAGUUACAGUCAAGUUUAUAAUAUUCACUAAUGUCUCUACAGCCGUGAAAGCGAAAAAUAGACAGCAUUCACCAGGAGGAGCAACUUCCCCAAAGUCUAUACUAGUUAAUAAAAUAUCUACAACACCUUUAACAGAGAAGAUUACACUAUCAUUGAAACAAUUUAAGAACAAGUUAGCAUUUGUAUAAAAAAACUUGAGAGAGUAUAUACAUAUAUGUUGUAUACUUUAAAAAUGAAAAUCUCAUAAUAAGUAGUUAUAAAUAUAUAAAUAUAUCCUAAAAUACACUCCCUGCAUAUAUUAAUCAAAUAAAUAUGUAAACUCUGCUUACAAAUA